CUUUUCUCUUGAUAUACCAUAUAUAUCAAUCAUUCAACUUAAUGACAGAUACAGGUGAAGUACUUUGAAAUUCCGUAACAAUUGCAGAAAGAAAGAUCUAAAGCCGCAGAACACAUUUUUUGCAAGAAUAUGCUUGAUUGCAAAGCAUGUCCCACAUUCAAGCGAUAAAAGGCCAAGCUUGGUCAAAGGUUGAAGAUUCAGCUAAUCUAAAAAUACACAAUCGAAAAGGAGUAAAUAUAAGCUUUAUUGGCUGUAUCUCACCCUUUGACACGAUUAACUUUUCAAAAGCCGAGUCACUGAAGAGAGGCGAUGUUGAAUAGAGAAAGAAUUUACACAGCCAAGCCCUAAAAAAGCCAGUGUGGACAAAGAGAGCAAGAAAAAGCGCCUUACAAAAAUACAACGGCUUAUCACAUUAUCAACUUGUUAAAGCUGUCAUGGAGGUUCU